AUGCGGAAGAUAUCCUCGCUCAUCGCUGACUGGAUAGCCAUGUUCAGAGAAGCAUUUGAAACGGCCAAAAGCUUCGCGCAGGCCUUAGGCUCCACGGCCGACACAGCUCGACCGCGUAACGACCUGUUUCUUGAGAAGGCUACCGAAGAGGGGCGCCUUAUUACGACCUCAAAGCGCAAAACAUCUGACAAGAUGAGCGAGGCCCAACCGGAAAUGCAAGCGCUCCUCGCGGACGAGCAGCGCCAUUCUCGCACGCGACUGGAUGCCGUUGCUGCUGCACAACUAGCUUCUCAGCGUGACAUGGCACGUAGUGGCAAGGCAGCUAUCAAUUUCCUUAAUGAAGACAUGCUGAGCGACUACGAAGGCGAGGAACACGUCUCGCAACGUUCGAAAGGACAGCAAGGGUAUUCGAAGUCAAUGCCGCAAAAGCGAGAAGUGUCCGCGGGUGACGAGUACGAUAGCCUCAAACGCAAAUAUUGGAGGUUGCGGGAGAAACUCCAGGCCAUGGACGUUGAAGCGAGCAACCUCACAGAUGAGAACAGCCAGAUAAAGGCAGAGAAGAAGGACCUAGAGAAAGAGAUUCGUUUCCUUGACAGCUUCUUGCAUGUCAUCAAGGAUCUCCUGCUUCGUCCUUAUGCGGAAGCCACUGGCCACGACCGUUACACUGCUAGCAUGUUCCAAAAUAUCUUGCACGAUGCUCUUGAAGCCAAGACUCUGAAGCAGCAAACCAUCUAUUAUCAGGAUCAGAUCGUUUCGCUGCAUAAGAAAGAACAGUCGCUUCAAGAGCACGUGACGAUUCUGCAGCAAGAGCUACUCUCAAAUGUAGAGAAAGCCAGCAUCGUGUCUGACGAACAUUUCACACAAGAUUUCCGUUGGUUGGCCAGUUCGAUCAAGACUCUUAGUCGGAACAUUCGUUUCCCGGCUGAUAUCGACCUCGCUGACAUCCCCGCGAUUAAAUCUGCCCGCCUUCUGAACAAUGUCGAUAAGGCCCAUUGGAACGGCCGUGGUCGCAAGAAAGCCUUGAUCGAAGCAUUCCUGUGGUCCGUCUUGAUCUACCAAGUGUUCGGUAGCCCUUUCGGGAUUGCCGGUCCUGGUUGUGCAUCAGAGAUCAAUGACUGGUGGGCUAAGCUAUUCGGGAGAAACCAUGUAGCGGACUGGCCGCUUCCUGGUGAUUUGGCAGAGCGUUGGAGGAGCAUGACCGUAGAGCAAGUGGUGAAGCUCGGCGGCAAAGAAGCUAUCACACGUGGUAUCAUCACCACCGAACAGGGCGCGGCUAUUCGGCAAGACAUACUCGAUAGCAUCCUGAAAGGACGAACCAGUGCCUACAAGCUCAUCACUGAGACUCUCGGCGAGCUCUCACCGGCUACCGACUUUUUACAAGUCCCCGUGAUCAUCGACAAAGCUUUCUCACUUGCUCUUGAGAUGAACAUCCAGCGUUGCCGUCUCCAAGCGGUCUACCCCAAAAUCGGAGAUCUUUAUUCCCAAGGCGAGCCAUCAUACCUGAAGAGUAAUCUUAAUGAUGAAGAAGCGGACGAGGGAACUGUGGCCGUCAUCGUUAAUCCUGGACUUGUGAAAUGGGGUGAUGGUCAUGGCAAGAAUCUGGAUCAGGAGCUUGUGCUCGUUCCAUGCGAUGUCAUCAUCGCUCCUCUCCCGAAUGAUGACGUAUCGACAGAGGUGAAUGUGUCCUUUUCAAGUGUUCAGGCGAUGCAGGCUGGGUACGAUAACUUCAUGAAGACGCCAAAGUCCGAGGAUCAUCGUAGAUCUGCACAGACUGAUUCGCCCAGUUACAUCGAAGACGAUCUUGUGGACCUCCGUCCCAAUCUUGGGCGCGCUUUUUCUCAGCAAACUCAAUUUUCCUUCCCAAAUUCCGAGUCGCCUGACAAUGGUGUCGGCCUCAAAUGA